AAAAAUCCUCCUAUUUUUCAGGAGGCACUGUCGAUAAUGGCAUGAUGGAUGGAAAUCCUGGUGCUACCAGCCCAAACCAGAAUGGGUUCAUCAACAAAGUUUUUAAUGCCUCUGCAGAGACAGAGACAUCUACUGGCACAAUGAAGGUUUGUGAGGCUGAACUGUAUUGCUCCUCUGCUGGAGGUCCAGAGCUUCGCAGGGAAACUGAGCACUUUCAAAAGAGGAGCAAAAACACAGGCAUUUGGAGGAUUCUAAAUCGGAGAAAAACAUCAGCAGCCUUUGAGAGGAGGCCACAUUCUAUGAUUCUUCUGGGGGAAUCUUCAGUUCCUAAAAUAUCAUUUGUGGACAAAGUGCGCUCACUUAGGAAACUGAAGUCUUCUUCAGUGUUUCGACUCAGAGGAAACAAUCUUCCAGACGGCUCAAUUAAUGAAGUUCUGAAGGAGACUGAAGAAGGAGCACUGAGGCAGAGGGAUGGCUCAGUGGAUAGGGCUUUGAGUAAACACAAACAUUUUCGCCAUUCUUACAGUGGCCACAUAAAUGACUUUGAUACUUCAUUUGAAGCUGUGGACUUGUCUGACUUUUCAGAAACUGGUAAUGAUGAUUGGCUUCAGGACAUCUACUCGGAGCAAAAUGGUGUCCAUACCCUGGAGAAGCUUACUACUGGCAGGAAACUACCAGAAAAUGAAGAGCAUCCCCAGAAGCAAUGUCCCCAGGCAGCAAAGCGUACUAAAGGAGCAGAUGUCUGGAGCUACUUUCGAAAGUUUUCAUUCAUUGGACGAGUAAAUUCUAAGUUUUCAGAGCCAAAGUUUGAUUUUGAGUUUGAAACACUGAACCGGACUAUAGACUCAGACUGCCCUUCUGCUGAGCUUGACUGUGUAGCAGAAGCCUGUUCCUCACAAAGAGAUUCACGGACGGAGAGUAAAGGUGGACACUUUGGAGGACUAUUUAAGUUUUUUAGUAACAUAGCACAAACGGCUAGAAAAUGGAGGAAUCCUUCUCACUCAUUCUCACCAGCAGGAGCAGUCCCAUUGGGGACCCCCAGAUCCCACCGUCCUGCAGCAGCUACUCGCAGCCUUAAUUUGCAUUUCUCUAAUUUGGAGAGUGGUAUAUCUGAACCAGUUUCUUCAAUAACAGGAGAGCCUUACUUAGGGAGUGUGAAGUCAGGUUUGAGCCAUCAAGCAUCUCCAGGUCCUCUCUGUCAGUAUUCAAAAAUGGAUGCAAUUCCUGAAAGACUUUCAUCAGCCUUAAAUAGGUGUGAUCCUUUAUCUGUAACCAAAGUGGAAGCUGAUUUGCAGGAUUCACAAAUUUCAGUGGAGCAGGCACCUAGGACUCAGUGCGAGUCAGACAUCUGCAAACGUAGCACUGAUGAGUUAUGUGUUGAACAAUUUGCUGAGUUGGAGGAACAGUAUCAUACAGAACAUAAUUAUGUGGAGAAGGAAUGCAAGAACCACCAAAAUCUGCCCGAUUCCAGUAGCAGCCAGUCUAUAGUGACGUCUCCUAAACUGAGCAUUCAUCAUCAAACCUCUGCCUGCUCAACAAAAUUGAAGUUGCCUUGCCAGAUUUCAGAGAAGAGUGCUCUUCUGAUGAUGAAUUUACAAAUUAUUGAUCACGAAAGUGCUACAUGUAUUCCUGUGAAAGAGCUACCCACCCAAAAGCAGCGGUUCAAAUACCGGUCCAUUACGCGCCAGAGACCCUACUCUGUGAUUGACAGAUCUGCAACAGAAAAGGCAAAGGUUCAUCACCCAUCUCGACCGCGUUCUCGGCCACCAGGCAUCUGCCCUCAUGAUUCAGCAUUUAAAACACCUCUGCAGAGAUGUCAUUCUUUGCCCUUGUCCCAGAGUGCACCCACAGGACUUGAUGAGAUAGGACGAAGGAAACACCUUUUGCCCAAACCAGCAGAAGUCACGCUGAGCUCAGGACUUGUGACACCCCGCACAAGAGAGGAAGGAGCAGAGGGAGGUACAACCAGUCAAAGACUACUAAAAUUGGGACCAGCACCACUUGAAGACAGCAAGCUGAUCACUGGUGGUUCUAUCGUCAGUGCAGAGGCAGUAUGGGAUCAUGUCACCAUGGCCGACCGGGAGUUGGCGUUUAAAGCUGGCGACGUCAUCAAGGUCCUAGAUGCAUCCAAUAAGGACUGGUGGUGGGGACAGAUUGACGAUGAAGAAGGAUGGUUUCCAGCCAGUUUUGUAAGACUAUGGGUAAACCAAGAGGAUGGUGUGGAGGCUGUGGAAGGGGCCAGCGAAGUCCAGAAUGGUCAUCUGGACCCCACCAACGACUGCCUGUGCCUUGGCAGACCCCUCCAAAACAGAGACCAGAUGAGAGCCAAUGUGAUCAAUGAAAUUAUGAGCACAGAGAGGCACUACAUCAAACACUUGAAGGACAUCUGCGAGGGUUACCUGAAGCAGUGCCGUAAACGCCGGGACAUGUUCAAUGAUGAUCAGCUUAAAGUAAUCUUUGGAAAUAUUGAGGACAUUUAUAGAUUUCAGAUGGGCUUUGUCAGGGAUUUGGAGAAGCAGUAUAACACAGAGGAGCCUCACCUCAGUGAAAUUGGGCCCUGCUUCUUAGAACACCAAGAUGGGUUCUGGAUUUACUCAGAAUAUUGUAACAAUCACCUGGACGCCUGCAUGGAGCUCUCUAAGCUCAUGAAGGAUGGCAGGUACCAGCACUUUUUUGAAGCCUGUCGGCUGUUGCAGCAGAUGAUUGACAUUGCCAUAGACGGCUUCCUGCUCACACCAGUUCAGAAGAUCUGCAAAUACCCUCUGCAGCUGGCAGAGCUCUUAAAGUACACUGCUCAGGACCACAGUGAUUACAGGUAUGUUGCUGCUGCCCUAGCAGUCAUGAGAAAUGUCACACAACAGAUCAAUGAGAGGAAGAGGAGGCUGGAAAAUAUUGACAAGAUUGCACAGUGGCAGGCAUCAGUUCUUGACUGGGAGGGAGAUGACAUUCUGGACCGCAGUUCGGAGCUAAUAUACACUGGAGAGAUGUCCUGGAUUUAUCAGCCCUAUGGCCGAAACCAGCAGAGAGUUUUCUUUCUGUUUGAUCACCAGAUGGUUCUCUGUAAAAAAGAUCUUAUCCGUAGGGAUAUUCUCUACUACAAAGGCCGGAUCGACAUGGACAGAUAUGAAGUGAUAGAUACAGAUGAUGGUCGAGAUGAUGACUUCAAUGUGAGUGUGAAGAAUGCAUUCAAACUGCACAACAAGGAAACAGAGGAAAUCCACUUGUUCUUUGCCAAAAAGCUGGAAGAGAAGAUUCGGUGGCUUAGAGCCUUUCACGAGGAACGCAAAAUGGUUCAAGAAGAUGAAAAAAUAGGGUUUGAAAUUUCUGAAUAUCAGAAGCGGCAGGCGGCAAUGACAGUGAGAAAAGUUAGUAAGCAGAAAGGUGCUGGUCAGACAAGAUCCAUGCCCCCCUCUUAUCCCCCACCCCAGGAUCCACUGAAUCAGGGACAGUUCCCAGUGACUGAUGGGAUGGCCCAGUCACAGGCUUUGGCCUUCAGAAAACUGAACAACAGCAGCAACAGGACCCUCCAACUGCAUCCUUCUUGUAAGAGGGACAACUGUGUCAACACGUAGGAAAGUAAAAAAAAAAAAAAUGUCAGUAAUAGUAAAAGGAAAUUUUCUGUGUGACCCUCAAAAUUUGGGGAUUGUGGCACAAUCAUGGGGUGGCAGGUGCUGAAAAGCGAGGUUCCAUUAGUGGUUACUGUAUUUAGGUUUUUUGCUGCAAGUGAGUUCUGCUUGGGGCCGUUAAUACAUCCACAAAGAUAUGUGCGUAUACAGUGUGUACCGGUAUGCGUUUAUGUAUGUGUAUGUGUUUAUAUACAUAUACAUAAAAUGCCCUGCACUAUAUAUAAAGUAUUUGUAUAUCCUUUAGUUGACUAAGGAACGCAUUGAGCACCAAUUCUUCAGGCAUUGUCAUAGUGUUCAGUGCUGUUGUUGACAGGGUAUUUUCUUUAUUAUGGACCAGAAAUAUGUGUUUUAUGUUAGAACUUUCUUUAAAUAUCUGUAUAUACAUUUGUUUUAUUUAUUAAAAUCCAUCUAUCUAUCUAUCUAUCUAUCUAUCUAUCUAUCUAUCUAUCUAUCUAUCUAUCUAUCUAUCUAUCUAUCUAUCUAACUGAGCGUGCACACACACACACACAGUCACAGACACAUAUAUAUACAGUAUAUAUUUAAAUUCAAUAAUUGUCUUGUGCAUCACUGCUGGAGUUAUGUAGCAGGUGAGAUUUUCUUUUGCUGGGGACCUGUGGCUGACACCUCCCCCUCAUGCCCUUUACUGUGAGCCUAUCUUACAAUGAAGAGUUCUAAAGGAUGACAUCUUGUGUCACCUUCAAUAAGAACAACUUUCCCUCAGAGGCCACUUCUCUCACUGUAGCCCAGUUCAACAGGUUGAACUAUUUUGUUUUAACUUUCAGUCAACCGUAACCAUCAUGCUGUAACAUCAAAGUGGUGAGUGAGAUUUCAUGUUCAAUAUUGCAUUUUUGUAUGUUUUGGUCUGUGAAUGUGUGUGUGCAUGAAAACAGUGGGGUUGGGUGUUUGGUUGUGAGUUUGCACUACUGUGUUCCUUCACUUCAGAGGGUGCACUCAACUCGCAUCUUUUCCACAGCACCCAUUGUGAAGCAUUUUGGUAAUGGCAAGCAGGGCAGAGGCAUUCAUGUUGUUGCUGUUGUCAGUAGUUAUUUAAUUACAGAAUGUUUUAUCUCAGUGCCCUCCUCAGGAAUGCCUCAACCUCUCUGUUUUCAUUUCAGAUGGUUACUCCAUUACAGUGUGGCCAAUAGGGCAGGGUGAAAGUGAUCUUGGAUAAAGUGUAUUGUAUAGUCAAGUCACUUAUUUUAGGUUUGUGAUUCCUCCUUGAAAAUAGAGGAAAUCUCAUUAACUCUUGCACCAUUUGAAAUGGCCUUUUGAAAGUUUACUGGAGUUGAACAGUUGAUUCAGUUGAGGAGCAUGUGAGCUACACAAACAGUAGACUGAAUUUCUCUGGAAAAUGUUUUAGUUCUUAUGGACAAAUAUGCUGAAAAUGUACAGCUAACGAAGUGGAACAAAUCAUUAGCUCACUGGAUUUGGACAGCCAGUGCCCUGAGCUUGCAUAGUCGAUGCACUGCCCCUAAACAGACAAUAUUCUGCACUUGCAAAGUAUAGCUGUGUACUAAACCAUCUUAUGCACUGGCGCUACACAACCAAGACACUGGAUUUGUACCACUGAUGCACUUGCCCUGUAUAACAAAUGGAGUGGACUUGCACAGCUAAUACACUGGGAUUAUACAAGUGGUACACAGUACUUGAGUGCUCAGUUUAGGCAAAGUCACAGCUCAACUCCAGAUGUACUGCAGUUUAAUUUUUAUUGGAGCGUCUUUUCCAUUCUGGUCCAUUUCAAAUGCUUCAAUGCGUUCCAAGUGCACAAAUGUUCCAGAAGUGUGGCAGAGCAGAGUUGAGUGUUCAAGGCAAAUGACCAGAAAAGGCCAUAGGGUUUGUGUAUGGUUUGAAAGGAAACACAUUCAAUGAAUGUUUCAAAACUCUCUGGGGUAUAAGGCAGAUGCUAUAGUUCUUAGCUGCAAGGAGUGCAAGGUUGACCCUCUUUCAUUGACCAACCUUUCAAUCACCAGUUGUCAGUUAAUAUGUGUAAUUUGGGGUACUAAAAUUAAAGCAAGAGGGGAGGACAAAGGAGAAGUAGCUUACUUUAGGAAUAUUAUUUCCAAGAAGCUAAUUGUUGGAUAAGUGCCAACAGCUCUGGUCUUAAGCCAAACAGCAGUGAUGCUUCAGGAUUAAAGUUCUCUGUUUGACCAUAAUAAUCAGUAGUGCCAUUGGUGAGUCAUAAAUGUAAAAUGCUGGAGUUCCUAUUUUGAUAAUUGACUGUGGAUGGUUACAAGCUGAAGCUUGUUAGGUGGCCAUAGUUAAUUAUGGUAUGUAAGUUAAAGACCGAAGCAUGAUUGACAAUGGAUGAAGAUCCUCAUCUAACCAUUGCUAUAUAAAAUUUGGCAGCAAAAAGUCCUUUGCUAACCAUAGCUAGUGGUGGGCUUCAAAUUGAACUGCAAACUUAGCUGGUCAUAGAUAGAUGAAGGUUACUGGAAGACCAAUGCUGUCUGA